AUGUUUGGGAGAACUGAAACCCCUUGGGCCCACCACUACAAAGCCAGAUUCAGAAAUGGUCUAAUCGAAGGACGCGAGCUGACAGCCAGUUAUUCGGUGUUCGGGAAUCAGACGGGAGUUGUGUUCCUCGGAAUUCCUCACGUCGAGAAGCCGUUGGGUGAAUUGCGGUUCCGGAAAGCGGUCGCAUACACAUCGAAAUGGGAGGGAGUUCUGGAGACGAAGGAGAUGAAGCCGGCUUGCAUGAGUGAUCCAGUGUACGUUAUUCCUAAUUCUGGUAGAUGAUUCUCGGCUCAGCUUUCAGAGAAACCUAUAAACGGCCGGAAGGGGGUCCGACUUCUGAGGACUGUCUUUAUAUAAACGUGCUCACAAGUCAUUACUGCUUAGAACAUGUAAUCAACCACUGGUUUCGCCUUUUCCAAUUCCAGCUGUUUCACAGAAGAACUGUUCGGUCAUGGUCGCUGUGCACGGCGGGCAAAUGAUAAAAGAGAGUCCGGCCACGUAUCAAAACGAUAUAAUUGUGAACAAUUUUGUGGGUCAGGGAAGGAACGUUGUGGUAGUGACUGUUCCGUACCGUCUCGGAGUGUUUGGCCUUCCGAAUGUGCCCGGAGAUUUAAGAGGAAUCGUCGAAAGGAAUCUGAUUCUACACGGUUUGAGAACAUUCGAAUGAAGACAAAGAAAGAAUGAGUGAAUACAGAUGUGGUGGCGGCUCUUGAAUGGACGAAAAGAGAAGUGGCCAACUUCGGAGGACUCGCUAACAAGACAACUCUUUUCGGACACAGCGGAGGAGCAACCAUCUUGACCAUUCUGGCAUUCCACCCGGAGUACGACCACUUAUUCCAGCAGAGAAUCGUGAUGAGCAUGCCGUUGCUAAUGCACUCUGAACGUCAGUUUUCCUACUUUUUUUAAAUAGAAAAUAUGAGAGUCUUGCUUCAGUUGCUAACUAUCAGAUAUUUGCGAAAGUUGCAAAGAGAGUUGGAUGCAACAUCGACUUCUCAGACGUUGUGAAUGUCUUCGAUUGUCUGCGGAAUGUAUCAGCUGAAGAGUUAUUUGAGGCGCAAGACAGAGUGUUCCACACUGAAGAGGAAUACUUUUCCGAUUUUGCUAUCGAUGGAGAAGUUGCAAUGAAUCGGUUUCAAACGUUGAUAAUCACACGUUUAGAUUCUUCCGGACAAUCCUCGGACUCUUCUGAAACAGGGAAACUACAGUAGGAAGCCGAUGAUGAUCGGGACGGUUCCAUAUGAGCUCAUGUAUACUGGUUAUACAUUGGGUGAAAAUGGCGGGGUCAAUAUGACGGAACUGGAAGCGAUGUGUCAAAUGUUCGCUUUCCUGGGAACUUAUGAGAAACCUUACGGGUUCAGGGACAAAUGUAUGGAAUACUAUGGGAAAAGUGAGUGACUUGUACAAAGAGAAGUGACGGUCUUAAAAAUGGUCUCAGAAGAAGCAGCUCCGUUCCUUCUGGAUCAUGUUAUCUUUCACAUUCCGACGGUCAAACUGGCCAAACACCACGCUGUCGAUCAACCUGUUUACCUGUACAAGUACACGUAUUCUGGAGCAGGUCCUGCCUACAACGACUAUGUUCCCGGAGCUCGAUCGCCGAUACAUUCUGAAGAUUUCGUACGUUUCUGAGAAUCCAAACAUUGGAAAGAUAUCAUCUGUUCAGUUGUAUUACAUGGGCGUGCAUCGGACCAGAAAUUUUACGGAAAAAGAUAUGAGCAUAGAGGGAAUAUUGACUGGAAUGGUUGCUGAUUUUGUGAACUACGGAGAGCCCAAACCGCCCGGGAAUCUGAAAUGGGAGAAGAUGGAUUCGGACCGAAUGAACUACUUUCACAUUGAUUUCGAUGAGCAUUUUGCUAUGCCAGGCAUGAAAAGUGGUUUUUACACUGAGGAAUUCGAAUUUUGGACAGAAGAUGUACCACGGCAAGUGCUAUUGGAGACACUUUGGAGACUCAUUCAUUAA